AGGAGGUCGUGAGCAUGCGGGUAAACACCAAGGAGUGUGUCCUUGCCCGUUUCUCGACCGUCCUUAUGGCAAGGCUUGUGUUCUUUUGCGUUUUGUUAUUGCUUGGCACGGGGUGUCGCCUCGCACGGUGAGGGUUCCAAGUGGCCCGACGCAUCCGAAUGUGUGUCCGAGCCGCCGUACUCGACGGUGUUGCCCGUGUAGCGUCGCCUUUCGCCGCGAGCUGCACCCAAGCCCGCUAGGGACCGCCAGCCGCGUGCAUGGACGGGGCAGCUUGGCAGCCGGCGGCCGCUCUAUGAGCCGCAGGCUGGCGGCUCGGCAUUCGCAGCCGGACCAACGCCUCAACGGAAGACCACAAGCCUUCGGCCCUCGAACCGCGUGCAGAUCUUCGUUGUUGCUCUACAUCGGCCCCGUUGCGUGCCCGACCUCCGGGCACGGUGCGGCAGAGCGGGGCGAGGCUGGUCCCGGCUGUGCCGCCGCAGGCAACGUCAUUGAGGACAUGUUCACGGUCAAUUGCCCAUGGCCAUGGAAGACCAACGUCGACGGUCCCUGGCUGCCUGGUUGGAGCUCGAAGACGGGGAAGCGGCGCCUGAACUUGUACACCUGCAACAUGACAAUGUUCUACCAGCCCGAGCGGCUGGGAGUUAUGCGCGAGAUCGGUUUUGGUCAGGAGUUCGACAACAUGGUGCUCGAGACCUGGCAGGACCCAGACAUGCAGUCGAGGACCGGGUACGACUACACGCGGGCCCUGCAGUUCCAGUGUGUCAGCGUGGACGACAAGGUGACGUUCACGGGCAUCAAUUUCCUUUCACGCGAGCCCAUCGUCUCUCAGCCGAUGCUGCAGGAGAUGUUCGUCAGGGCGCGGGCUCUCGGCCUGGAGCCGUACGGCUCCAACGACAUGCACAUCGUCAACCACGAGGACUGCGAUUAUCCGAUCAGCACCGACAGGGGAUGGAUGGGCGACCGCCCCGAGUGGCCGUGCCCCGUGGUCUUCACCGGGGACGCCGGCGCCGAGCUGUAAGCGCGCGCGCCCGGUGCGCCGGGCUCCUGCCCCUCGACGGGCCGGCGCGUGGCCGCGGGCGGAGUUGGGCAAGGGUUAGCCUUCUGCUGAUGGUGGUGGCGGUGAGGCAGUGGGCGGGCGUGUCGGCGCGGGGGUGGCACCGCCGCCCCGCCGCCGCGCGUCGCGCGACGUUUCUUUUUUGUGUGUUUUGUUUUUAUCAGCGGGCCCGCCGCGUGGCGGGCGCCCUGCGCGCAGAGCCCGCGCGGAGCCCGCGCGGCGGCCCGACGGUUUCAGGUUCCCCUCCGCGCGGCGGCAGUUUCAGAGGGCGCCGCGCGGGUCCUCGUCCUCGCGCUCGUG